UCCAGGGGGCGGGAGGGACAUUAUUCAACCCGGAACUGUGAAUGUGAUCAAUUAGAACUCUCCGAAAACUUGGAACGAAAUGUAACAGCCGAUCGUGCGAAACGAAUCAAAUCACUGUCGCAAAUGUUUAUCCGCUCUGCUGCUCCUCGACCUCGCAGAGAGUGAUUUUUUUCCCUGCUCUCCAACAGGUUGUAGACAUUCAUUUCUCAACAUGCCACAACAAAAGGAUAUAGUAAAGAUUGCCAUUCAGAUGCCGGGCGCAUACCCGCAGCUCAUUCAGCUAGACCAGAAAAAGCCCCUCACUGCUGUCAUAAAAGAGGUUUGCGACAAGUGGAAUCUUCCGGGUCCUGACAACUAUGCUCUGCAAUAUGCAGAUGGGAUCCAGACGUACAUCACUGAAUCUAACCGCCUAGACAUCAAAAACGGCAGCAUCCUGCGUUUAACCAAAGCACCAGGCCGUUGUGCUGAAGAUCUGUAUAAAGGCAUUCAGAGUUCAGACUCCGGCGUGCGCUGUGACUCUCUGAAGCUGCUGGCCGAUGUCUCCACCGACAUCACAUUCGCUCAAGAGUUUAUCAGCCGUGAUGGACACUCCCUGCUCGUCAAGAUAGUAGAGGACGCUCACGAGGCUCCUCUGAUAAUGACACACACUCUUACUGCUUUCAUGGAGCUCAUGGAUCAUGGCAUUGUGUCCUGGGAGAAUCUGUCCAGCGUCUUUAUCAAAAAGAUCGCUGGUUUUGUGAAUGCAAAGGUUCUAGACACGUCUAUCCAGCAGGUGUCGCUGGCUAUCCUGGAGAGCAUGGUGCUCAGCAGCAGUAGUCUGUUUAAUGAGGUCAAACAAGAAAUCACCCUGGAGAGACUCAUUUCCCAUCUGCAGGUAACAAACCAGCAGCUGCAGACUAAGGCCAUGGCUCUGCUGAUGGCGAUGCUGCAGGCUGGUGGCGAGGCAGACAGACAGGAGCUCUUUGAAUUUCUUGAGAAGAGGACUCUACGCCAAUACAUUCACAAGAACAUCAUCCACAGCUCUAGUUCAGUUGGAGAUGAGAUGGCCCACUACCUGUAUGUGCUGCAGACGGUCCGUCUGAACCACCUGGAGGCCCGUAUGAGGACGCCUCUGGACUCCUACAACCAGGAGCAAAGGGACAUGCUUCACGAGCUCAGGCAGGCCGCAUUUGAGACGGAAAGCGAGAGCGGUCUGAGUAACGAACGGAGACGUUCCCUCUGCGCUAAAGAGUUUAAGAAACUCGGCUUCUCUAAUAACAGUAAUCCUGGUCAGGACCUGAGCCGGUGUCCUCCGGGUCUCCUGGCGUUAGACACUAUGGCGUAUUUUGCCUCCCGUUACCCUGAUGCUUACAGCAGGUUUGUGCUGGAGAACAGCAGCAGAGAGGACAAGCACGAGUGUCCGUUUGCCCGCAGCAGCAUUCAGCUCACCCUCAUCUUGUGCGAGAUUUUGCGCAUCGGAGAACCCCCCUCUGAGACCGGUUCAGACUAUCAUCCCAUCUUCUUUGCUCAGGACCGGCUGCUGGAGGAGUUUUUCUGCAUCUGCAUUCAGCUCCUCAACAAGACAUGGAAGGAGAUGAGAGCCACGCAGGAGGACUUUGAUAAGGUGAUGCAGGUCGUCCGGGAGCAGAUCACCAGGACUCUGUCCAGCAAACCCACAUCUCUAGAGCUCUUCAAGAAUAAGGUGAACGCACUGAACUACAGCGAGAUCCUCAAACUGAGACAGACGGAGAGACUCCACCAGGAAGAGACGCUUGCUCCACCUGUGCUUGAGCUGAAGGAACGUCUGAAGCCAGAGCUUCUGGAGCUCAUCCGACAGCAGAGACUGAACCGUCUGUGUCACGGAACGCUCUUCCGGAAGAUCAGCAGCCGACGGAGGCAAGACAAGCUGUGGUAUUGUCGGCUCUCUCCUAAUCACAAAGUCCUGCACUAUGGAGAUGUGGAAGGGGAGACGGAAACGCCCUCCAUUGAGGCUCUUCAGGAAAAGAUUCCUGUCGCAGACAUCAAGAAUGUGGUAACGGGGAAAGACUGUCCUCACAUGAAGGAGAACAAGGGAAAACAGACUAAGGAAGUGUUGGACUUGGCUUUCAGCAUCACAUACGAUGUUGAAGAGUAUAGCUUGAACUUCAUCGCCUCUUCCAGAACAGAUUUCUGUCUAUGGACUGACGGCCUCAAUGUGCUCCUGGGUAAAGAGAUGAGCAGCGAGAGCAUGCGCAGCGAACUAGAGAUUCUCCUCUCUAUGGAAAUCAAGCUCCGCCUCCUGGACCUGGAAAACGUCCCAAUCCCAGACAUGGCACCGCCAAUCCCCAAACCACCCAGCAACUUCAACUUCUGCUACGACUUCAGCCAAGCCGAACAAUAACACCAGCCAUAAGCGUGUGGUCAGCAGCGGUUACUGGAUUGCUAAGACAGCAAUGGAAGCAACAGGAAAUGGCCACUUGGUGGCAGCAGAAAUGCAGGUUUUGGAUUGGGAGACAUUUGAUAGUAUUAACAGGGCUUGAAAUGAGAGAGAGAGCACUUUGUGAUAGUGUUUAUCUGUGGUGCUGUGCUAUAAUAUAAGUGCCUGCAGUGAAUAAGACGGUCUUGCGUUGAGUGUGUUUAUUAGUUAAAGGCCUGACGUGUUGUAUCUAACGUGCCUUUUUUGUCGAAUCUCAUAUAAUAGACAGGUCUGAAAUUCUCAGGUUUGAACGCACACUUUUUGUGGUACUUUUUCCCCUUUUUGACUUGUUUAGCUUCUACCAAAAUUGUACUAAAAGGCAUUACAUCAAGCAGCUUAUUUGGAAGGGGGAAAAAAAAUCAAGUAUAUGUUAUAAACAUUUGUGCGUAAUGUUGGCAUCCUUAUUCAUUCCCUUCAUGAGACUCAAAAUGGUACUCCUCUAGUACGAUGUUAUACAGUUUAACGUUUAUUACAAUCGCUGAUUAAUAGUUUAUCAUGGAAAGAGCACUGAUAUGCCUGGAACAUUUCAUGUUUCUGUUUAUACUAAUGCACGGAUGGCAUUAUUGCAUUGGCAGCAUUUUCAGUCUGUUGCAUUAUAAGGUGCACAUUAAAGGUCAGUGUGCUGGAUUAAAUAGGUGAUCAACAAAUUUGGUACUGAAGUGGGAUUAAGUUCCAUAUGGAAAAUGGUUGGGAGAUAUUUUGUGUUGUUAGAGGAGUAGUUUGGCCAAGUGGUUUGGACGAUCUUUGAAUAUUAUCGGUGUGAUUUGAUACUUUCAGCUUUGUCACAUAAUCAUAUUUUCAAUUUACUUGAUGUAUAUAACUUCACAUUUUAUUUUGGUCCAACUGCUCCGUUUUGAAAUAGCCAGUUUCCCUUCAGUUCAAAAAUCCACUAGCCAUUGUAGGAUUUUACAUCAGUGUUUUUUGUAUGGGAGAUAAUCAUGUUUCUGUUUUAAAAAAGAUUGUGUUCUUUUAUCUGAUUUCAUCCACCGACUGUUUUGGCUAAAGAGCUAAAUGUGGUUUUAUCACCACAUAACAAGCACUUCAUAGUAUGUUGAUUUAUAAUGCAUACCAUGUAUCAAGAUCAAAAAUAUAUCAUUAAAAUAUUCUGUGGUGCCAUUGUAAAGUGCAUUAAUGGAGCUGACAACUUUAAUGUGUGGAAAAUCUGCAGGAUUUAUAUAAACCGCUGAUUUUGUGUUCUUUUGUGGUUUUCACAUCUAAUGACAACAUUGAUCUAGCAAAAUAAUCCAUGUACUGUAUUGUUUUGUAUAUAGCUUUCCUUGUUAAACUUCUGGUUUUGCGUAACAAUCUUGACCAGCGAUGUGGCCACUUUACCAGCUGACAAUGGUACGUGAUAUUAAUUCAAGAUUUGUUUUCCUUUGUAUGGAAUAAAGAAUAUCUAUUAUUA